UGAGCUCUCCUCACCUCAGUUGCUUUGCUCACCUCGUGUUGAAGUGACGUGAUCACAGCUUGUGUUGUUCCCGUAUUUUGAUUGUCGACAUUUGGUCGCUGGUGACAGUGAACAUGCCGCGACCGUCGCGUGAAUCGUAUGGAGAUCAGAAGCCGCCGUACUCCUACAUCUCGUUGACGGCGAUGGCUAUAUGGAGUUCACCGGAACGUAUGUUGCCGCUGUCGGAAAUAUACAGAUUUAUAAUGGACCGUUUCCCGUAUUAUCGACGGAACACACAGCGUUGGCAGAACUCUUUGAGACAUAAUUUAUCUUUUAAUGAUUGUUUCGUCAAAGUGCCGAGGAGACCAGACCGUCCCGGCAAAGGGGCCUACUGGACGUUACAUCCACAGGCCUUUGAUAUGUUCGAAAACGGUUCGCUCCUCCGCCGCCGCAAAAGAUUCAAGUUGCAGAAAGGGGAGAAGGACAAUCUGAAUGCGGAGUUAGCAGCGUUGGCCAGUUUUAAUAGAGCUUUCCUUGCGCGACAAGCCGGAGCUCCACCGCCGCCACCUCUGCCAACCGCGGGCCUGUAUACACCACCGAUGUGUCCUCAGUUAAGUCCGGAGCCCGCCGAAAUACCAGAAGUUGCAUCAGUCACAAUCCUACCACGGGAGCGUCCUCGGCGAGCUUUCACCAUUGAUGCCUUGUUGGAACCGGAACCGCCACGUUCCUCGCCGUCUCCUCCCAGUCCGAUGCUUCCUAUACCAGUUCACAUGCCACGGCUGGAGCUGAUGGCUUCCCCGUACGUGGUCGCAGCACAGCGCUACCAGGCCGAGCUGUUGCAGGCGGUGCAUGCAUUGCGUCCAUGCUACCUGCCGCCGCCGCCCCUGCCGGUAGCGUGACAAAGCCGCCUCAAUAACUACACUUUGUGCAAUGCUAGGUUGUAAGUACAUUUAAAGAGUUCAGCCUCUACUAUGUUAAAGUGUUUAUGUAGAUCAAGAACUGAUAUAGGCUCAAAGGUUACUAUAGAUAUUAAUAGUCAGUAUACUUAUUGAAGUGAAAAAAAUGCGUAUAAGAAUACGCCGGUCGGUGUUAGCGAGUGGAUUAAGCGAGUUAGAAAGCUUUGUACGUUUAGAGGCGAGCGACGGAAUGUGGAAGGCCUAUGUUAGGAACGGUCGCUCGAUACGUUUUAUUUGAAUGAUGAUAUUGUCAUUGAUAUUGAUGUCGUUAUUAUAUAGUGAUCUCACUUGUAGAUAUUUAUAAAUAGUUGCGUUAGAUUUAGAUUUAAAAUAUUUAUUAAUCUAGAUAGUGUUUAGCAAAAUAAACAUUUAUAAAAAAAAAUACCUAUGUAUGUACUCUGAUGUGUAAAUAUACGUAAGAAAUUCAUGUCUUAUGUAUCAUGAUAAGUCAUGUCAUUUGGUAAAUGUUAUUUAUUUUCGCUUUGUUGUUACUUGAGUAUAUUAGUUGGACUAUAUUGUACAUAUUGUUUUUCAUUGUUAAUUCUUAGUAGAUAUAUUAUAUGAAAUUAUGACUGUAA